CUAUUAUGUAAUAAUCAUUUCCUCUUUCCUUGCAGGGAUAGAUGACUGUCAGCUAAUAAACAGACAACCAGAACUUACAUUUUUAGUUUAUUAUUGGCACAAGGAGGAUAGGCGGAAACAUGUCAAAUAAUAGCUGGACAACCUUAACCCUUAACAGGAUUGUACAGGGUAGCAACAUGUCAGACACUGACUCAAAGAGACUUGAGUUCUUCAGCAAUAUCCUGAACUGCAGUGUAGGCUCACCCUGUUAUAACUCCCACCUGAUCUUUCACAACACGAGUAUAGACAGCGGGCUGGAGAUUCUCGAUGACGGAUCCCCCUGGCUGAGAAUACUCAUCUCUGUGGUGUACUUUGUUGUGGCUACAGCUGGAGUGUUGGGGAACUUGUUGGUGAUGUUCCUGCUGUAUUCCACUCACACCAUCACCACAGGCACCAUCAAUUUCUUUGUGUUCAACUUAGCUUUGGCUCACUUGCUGUUCUCCCUGGCCUUGCCGUUUUGGGCCGUAGACAUUGCCCUGGACUACAGCUGGCCUUUUGGCCUGGCCACAUGCAAAGCCGUGUCAUUACUCACAGGGCUCAAUGUCUUUGCAAGCUGCUUUUUCCUGACCGCUAUGAGUGUGACCCGGUACUGCUAUGUGGCCACUGCUCUCAAACCCAGUGCCUCCCUGUGCAGUAGAUCUUGCACUUCUCCAGUGGCCACAGCUUUCAUCUGGACUGCAGCGCUCAUAGCUGCAGCCCCCCGAGGUGUGUUUGCUGACCUGAGACAUGUGGGAAACGACACAGCAUGCCUGCUUAGAUUUCCAGAUGGUACAGCCUGGCUUGGAAUAAACCAGCUCCUGCGAGUGGUGCUGGGAUUUCUGCUGCCCUACGCCACCAUCACCCUCUCCUACCUGCUUUUGAUGCGCUUCCUUUGUCGGCAUAAACUGAAAGGCAGCAACUCUCUGCGAAAAGCUGACAUUUCAAAGUCUGUGGCGGUGGUGGUGCUUUCGUUUUGCGCCUGCUGGUUCCCGUACAAUGUCAUCACACUUUGGAGUGUCCUGGUCCAACUCGACAUCGUUGAUAUCAGCCCCUCGUUCUACUUGGCUCAGACAUACUUUUUCCCUCUGGCCAACUGCUUGGCUUUCACCAGCAGCUGCUUCAACCCUGUCAUCUAUUGCCUGGUGAGAAAAGAAUACCGUGUGGCUCUCCACAAUGUGCUCUUCAAGUUGAGCUUGGCCAUCAUGUCCAAGAUGCCUUAUGGCAUUAAUUCUGAGGAGGGGUCGGGACAAGCUGGGCAGCUGGCCAUUCCACUCAAUACCAUGUACAGCCAAACUGACACAAGGAGUUAUGCACCUCUGUCAGCACUUCCAACAGUAGUGUAA